CCUCACAGCUCUGUGGCUGAGAGAGUUCCAAUGAUGAUUUCAGCCCACUGUCACCCAGCGCUGCUCCGUUUUCUGUGGAGGUAAACUGGAAGUCAAACCGGUGAAUGUGACAGAAAGACAGACGCAGCUGCAGCUGCAGAGAACCGUCACAUACUCACAUGCUGUUUGACUGUCCGUGACUGUGUGCAGCUCUGCAGCUGGACCUGAACUUGUGCACCACUUCCUGUUUGUGUAUGAGCUGAUGGAGAACGGGAAGAGGGAGAACGACUGCACGAGUGAUGGCUGCAGACUGGGGAAAGCUAAGCUACGUACUAAUUGGCCAUAUGGUUGAUAAGGACGAAAGAGAGCAGAAGCACAUUAUUGACAGGGCCUGAAAUGAUUACGACUUAUAAAUGGAACAAUCUGUCAGAACUGUAAUCAUCCUAAAUUCUCAAACAAGGCUUUUUGUUCACAAAACAAAUUUAGCUUCAUGCCAUUAGUGCUCUGUGUUAUGAAAUAUUGUCUCUGACUGUCGACACAGUCAAAGCUGGGUUGUUCCAGAGUGGACAGUAGUUCAGGAUGGAGACAGAGCUCACUCUGACGACUCUGACCCAGAUGCCCGGAUUACAGUGCAGCUGCAGUCAGGCACUAAAGCCCACUGAACCAUUCCCUGUGUCUAUUAUGUAAAGCUGGAUUAAAACAAAGCACAGUUGAAUUUCCGGGUCCCAGCCACUGCCCUGACCCUCUACAAAAAAAAAAAAAAGAAAAAAAGAAGAAGCUACAGAGACGUUUGGGAUAUCUAAGGCUUUUGAGAUUAUUCCAGAAUGUGUCCAGGGAUUAGAGACCAAUAUGAAGCUGUAGAGUUGGUCUGCGUCAACCCUUGGUGGAGAAGUCUGGCUGCUUCUACCACAAAGUGCUGUCGCUUAAGGUCACCAAAUAUUGUCAGUAGGAAUAAUGCCAGAAAACUUGGUCCAGUAAAGACCGAUUUAUUCUUCAACCCCAAAUAUCAAUACAAGUAGAAUAGCAGCAAACUACUUUUGUUUCUUUCUUUCAGUCUCCAGUGCUUCGUAGCUGCUGUCCAGUUUCUGCCUUGGGAGAAUAAAGGACAGUUGAAAUAAGGAGCUGUCCAUCACAAUGGCUGUACCCAAAAAACCUGCAGGUGACAGACAUCUGAAGUCUCUGCUACAGUUUCUCCACAUUCUACACCUUAAGCUACAGCGAUGGCAGCAAAGGUCUGACUGGUAUGGACUUGAAUUCAGGAAACACAGACUGACUACCUUCCUAUCACCAGGGGCCCGACCCUGCAGUGAAGGAGCCGGUUUCCAUUUUUUUCCCUGCGUCAAGGUGCUGAAGGGGAAACAUCCUGCAGCUCCAAACAAACAUAUUCAGGAGCUGCUGGGAGGUUUUCCAGCGUUGUUUUAAUAACUCCAGGAUGUCCACCACACCCUGCUACCUUAACACUCGUCCUCUUCACAGUGUGAAGACAGCGCAGCCUGUCCAAGCUAAGUACAUGUCACUUUAUCAAUGCUCCGCUCUCUCUUCCUGUGUUUGUGGCAGGAAAGGACACAGUAAAUCCUGAACCAUGCAGCUUAAUGUAUGGGAACUUCUUCCUUCAUUUCCCACCGUGUAGGGUUUUAACUAACCAGCUGGUGCAGCAGCUGCGUGUUUCAAUAUGUACAUAGUCUCAUCCACACAUACACACCCAAACACACACCCUUUUGCUCUCCUGGUGCAAUGAACCAAAGUCCUCCAUCAGCACGGAGCCAAUUAUCAGAGUAGAAGAAGGCAGUUUAAAGCUACUGUGGCAUUUCUUCUUCUCUUUAACCAGAUGACGCAACCAUGAGAACAGUUUUGUUCUAUUGACAAACAACAACAACAUAAAUGGAGAAACUUUUGCAGCUUAUUUAAUUUAAAAAGAAUAUCACUUUGGCCUCACAAUUCAAGACAAAAAGAGUUUUUUAUAUAUAUUUUUUUUAAAAAAGGGGAAAAAAACUAAUAAACAUAUGCAAAAUAUUUUUACUUAUGUCUCUCUCUAUGUGUUAUACCUAAACAUAUUCAAAUAAUAUAAUAUAUAAUAUAUAUAUAUAAUAAUUAUUUAUUUGUCUUUUUUUUUCUUCCUCAAAACCCAGACAGGUUUUGUUUACUGUCACAUGGAAUCAAUAGAGACCAGGCGAUAUUGGAGGCAGACAUUGGUCCACCGAGUCUGUGAAAUAAUCAAAGGGACGUGCAGAGUGCAGACAUUUUUUCCAACCGCAGCCCUUCAGUCAGGUCACUCCUAAAAAACAGAGUUCACCUUUGGACUGGAGCGACUGGCUGUCACUCUGUGUCAGACAGAAUGCUGCCUUUGGAAACCCACUGUCGCUCUGGGCCACGUUGUUGACUCUGCAAAGUCAGAAGUCAAACAAAUGAGGAGUGAUUUGAAUAUCAAACUGUAGUACGUUGUACUUGGUAGAGUUAUUCAGGCUCGUGCUUGACUGUGUCUCCGUGGUUGUUUAGGAAAAUACAUUUUUACUACCAGAAGUCAUUAAAUCAGUUGUUUUAUGUGUGGUCGUUUGGCAGUCAUUGGCAGGACAGAGGAACAUCAGAUAACUGCAGGAAAACCUGUGCAGGAGAAACAUACUGAUCUACUACUGCAUGUCACCAGACUGUCAGUGUUGAAGACCAGCAGGUGAAAACCUUUACCUUGGACAGGACACAGCUUCACCUCACCUCUACUCUACCUACUGCCGUCUGAUCCAAACAAAGCUACAGACUGCAACAUGCCCGCCACCACUACCACCACCACCACCAUCAUCAUCAUCAUCCACCCAUCCAUUCAUCCACCCUGCCUUCACCUCCUCUCCCCUACUGCCUUAAAGGAAGAACCAGAGUAAUGAGGGUGUCCGAGAAACCCACCGGGAUCGGAAAGAGGUCAACUCCACUCACCCAGAAUGUUCCGUUGUUCAUUACCUGCUGAGGGAAGAAACCAAGUGUAAAAACAGAAUGAACAAUGUGACAUUACUCAGGCACUUCCGUAAUAAAACUACAGGUUGUGUAAUGGACUGGGAUGGAGUGACUUGUUGGCCAGCAGCUUCUGCAGGAGAGACCAUCUCUGUGCAAUGUCCACAGUUGCCCCUGCUGACCCAGAAUCCUACAGGUGAACAGUACAAAGUUCUCAUCAGCAGAGUAUGUACUGUCGAUGGAUGGAGUGAACCAAGUUUACCAUAUUACAAAGCAUGUUACCAUGACGAUGACGAUCCAGAUGAAGAAAUGAGGAAACAGAAAAACUACUUUGACACAGUGAGGUUGCUGUACAGCGUUGGUUAUGGCCUUUCUCUGGCCACACUCCUCGUUGCGCUGCUGAUUUUUUGCACUUUCAGGAAACUGCACUGUACUCGUAACCACAUCCACCUCAACUUGUUUGUCACCUUCAUGCUCAGGAGUCUGGCUGUGUUCAUCAAAGAUGCAGUUCUGUUUGCAGACCACAGCUUAGACCACUGCACAAUGUCUACAGCUCAGUGUAAAGCAGCAGUGACUUUCUUCCACUUCUGCGUUCUGUCUAACUUCUCCUGGCUGCUGGUGGAAGCUUUGUACCUGCAGAGUCUGCUGCUCUUCCCCUUCACUCGGACCAGGACGUUCUGUUGGAUCUACGCCACCGUUGGUUGGGGUGCACCAACAGUUAUUACUGUAAUCUGGGCUCUGAUGAAGAAGGAGAUGGAUGAUGAAGCGUGCUGGGAUGACCUGGAGAGUCGACUGUGGUGGAUAAUAAAGACUCCAAUUCUGCUCUCCAUUUUUAUAAACUUCCUGAUUUUCGUCAACAUCAGUAGGACCAUCGUUCAGAAAACCAAGGCCACACACAGACACCAGACUGAUACACAGCUGUACAGGACACUGCUUCAUUCCACUCUGGUCCUCAUACCUCUGUUUGGUUUGCACUACGUGGUUUUUGCCAUGUUCCCUGAACACGUGAGUGUGGGUCCUCGACUCUACCUGGAGCUAGUGUUAGGAUCCUUUCAGGGGUUCAUUGUUGCUGUCAUGUACUGUUUUCUCAAUGGAGAGGUGAGCCAUGUUCUAAAUUUAAAUGUCUUUAUUUCAGCUUUUCAUAAAAUCACUUCUAUGAACAGGCAGAAAGUAAUUUGUUUUUUUUUCCUUUCAGGUCCAAAAUGAAAUCCAGACUCUGAUGAGAAGCUUCAGGACUGAGAGGAACACUGUUGUGAUCCACCUUCAGACUCUAGAAGAUGUUUCCUGAAUUCUAUUUUUAAUACUUGAUCUAAUACAGUAAUUAGAAAAAGUAAAUAUAAGUAAUGUACAUGAAUGCAGUUGUUUAAAGCAAUUUAAAUGUAUUAAUUUAGGUUUAUUUCAGUUCUAAAAUCUUAGAUUUUCAUAAUCUAACUCUAAUAAUGAAGAGGUUUACAAAAGUUAUAUUUAUAUAGUUAAGCACAUUUUCAAACUAGCAUUAGUCAAACAAAAUAAUUCUUAAGACAGUAUAAAAUAAUUCCAAUUGGAAAUAAACUGUUCUUUCUUGAUUUAUACCUCAAUUAAAUUACAAAUUUGAUGAUGAUGUCACGCAUGGGUCCAUAUUCAAUGCAAUGCAAAAAAAUGCAAUAAGUAAAAUUUAAAAAAAAAGAUCAAACAUCGUUUAAUGC